AUGGAUUUUAAGCGAUGGCCCGAAUUCAACGAGCUUCCUCUCGACCCUAGCGGCCCACCGGGGAAUGCAUGGGGUCUAUGGGGGAGAGAUGACCAGCUAGGUAUGUUGAAUCUUUUGACUCCCGAAGUCGUCGCUGCGUCAGCCAGAGAAAUCCAGCGAGGAAUUCGCAUCUCUUUGGAUUGGCCCUUCGAUAAGCCCAUGUUCCCUACGGAUGGCCGGAAGCGUUUUGAACAUCGUAUCAUACCUCACGCGGAUGUGCCUAUGAAUGAUGACGAGGUAUAUCUCAACACUCAGAGUAGUACGCAAUGGGAUGGAUUUCGGCAUUUUGGAUACAAAUCUGCUCGACGGUUCUACAAUGGCCAUUUUCAAGAAGACUUCCAAGAUAGCUCGAAAAUUGGAAUUGACCAAUGGGUGAUUAGAGGGGGUAUUAUCGGUCGCGGUAUCUUGCUCGACUGGGCUGAAUGGGCUACCCGCAAUGGGCGUGAAGCCAAAGCACUUCAGUCCGGUGCAAUUUUGCUUGAAGACAUCAAGGCUAUCAUCAAGGAACAACGCAUAGAGAUCCACCAAGGGGAUAUCUUGUUUUUGCGAGUGGGGUUCACAGUAGCCUACAAUGCUUUGACAGACGAAGAGAAGCAAAGAUAUCCAGAUCGACGCCCAGGAGGACUCUUGGGGUUGGAGGCAACAGAAGAAUCAUUGCGCUGGCUGUGGGAGUCUCGAUUCGCCGCCGUCGCCAGUGAUUCGCCAAGCUUUGAGCGUGGACCUGUGGAUGGGCCGCAUAAUCACCCGGACAUAUCAAUUCAUCAAUGGGCGUUGGCUGGUUGGGGUCUUCCUUUAGGCGAGAUGUUUGACCUAGAAGAAUUGGCUCGUACUGCGCGCAGGCUGGGCCGGUAUUCAUUCUUCUUGACCAGUGUUCCGAUCAAGGUCCCUGGAGGAGUUGCAAGUCCUCCGAAUGCCGUUGCUAUCUUUUAG